CGGCCCUCUACAACGGUCGCCGCGUGGGGUUAGGACAACCAGUGCUGGGUGCCCUCUAUCGCACUUUGUACCAAGCCACCAUGCAUCCCUUCGAGACUAGCAUUUCUGGCCCUUUUUGGAUUCUUGACUUCUGGAUUCAAAUUUACUUCCCAUAUUUUCGUCGCGACGACAUCCCAUUGCUUCCACCUACUGAUCAACUCCUGGGACGAUGGCUCAGUCGCGAUGAAAGGUACACAUCCCCUCCUUAUUCUGAGUGCUUCACAUACUUGUACCUUCUGCACGAGAUGCCAUACUGCGACUUAGUGCUGAGUAGAAGAUUCCCGGCUCCGCUUGAACACGGAUUUCUCCCUGGCGCCUCUCGCUACAGUGAUCGCGAGCGCUUGGCUUUUCGCCGCGCAAUCUCCUGUUCAGACAUCAGGAUUGCCGCUGACGAACUCAGUUACGAGCUCUACGCUCCCAACCACUUCGCUCGCCAAUUCGGCCUUGUUCAAUUAGUGCCAUUCCCUCUGUAUGAUGCUUGGAACUACAACACCUCUUGGCGUAGACUUGGGCCUCUCUCUGGGCCUCCGCCAGCACAAAGCACACUCGCACUGGUUGAUCUCCCUGACUGGGCUAAAGAGAUUGACUCUGUGGAUGGGGCUGAGGAAGGAUACGAGGCAUGGUGGGCAGAAGUUUCUGUUAACUGCUGGAGGCAACAGCAUGAUGAGCUAUUCGCUGCCAUUUUCGGGGAACUGCGAUACCCCUAUACUGCCGACGUCGAUCUACUUGCUCGCGUCCCUGAAGACGCUGCACAAGCUCCUCCUCCUGCUGCUGAGCCGGCUCCGCGACCCGCGCGAGCCCCACGUCAGGCCCAGACUGGUAUCGUAAUCCGCGAACCCCCUCAAGAGGGAAACGCGCCAUUUUCUGGCUGUCGCGCAGCCAACACUUCCCAAGCCACUGGCCAGUCUGGGAAACAAAAGGCAGUAAUGACAGAGCCUGAAGACAAAGAAUCCUCCUCUGAUGAUGAUGACUCGCAGACGAUCGCCGCCCUCUCGGCUCGGAAACGCAGUCGCUCUGAUCCUCGAACUGACCUAUGGGUAGAAGAUGAACCAAUCGUUGAUCGACUGAUCAUAGAUGAUAGCUCGCCUGAGGCCGAAGAUAGAGUACCGUUACCGGAUGCACCUCGCAAGGAACCAAGCGAUAUACCUGUCCUGGAACAAAUAGCGCCUGACUCAAUUCCUAUUCCCAGCGAAGUUAACCCAGAGUCAAUGCCAGCGGUCGUUGUGAGUGAGCCCCCAGCCGAGGAGAAUCCAAAUACCUUCAACACUGAGGACGCUGUAGCUGAAGCUGUAGAGGCAGAAGCUGCUGAGCCCGCUCUUAAUAUGGUUGGUCAGGAACUUCCUCCCCCUGCCCCCCAAGUCGCUGAAGCCGGAGAAUUGGGAGACCUUCCUGAACCAAUGCCAGAGGCAGCACCUGUCGCUGAGCCUCCUGAGGCCCCUACGGUAGCGGCUGCGACUCAGAUCAGAGGAGGCAUGUGGGUGAAGAGAGGGAGAGUAUGA